CUUAAAUAUUUAUCCAGAUAAUAUUGUGAACAAACACACGAAUACAGCUAAGCAAGUAAAUGUGAGCUAAAAAAUUCACACAGAUAGAAUGAUGGAGGGAAUUAGAGGGACAUCCGAUGAUGACUGAGAGGAAGGAGGGGACGAUGGAGACCGGAGGCAAAAAGAUUGUGGCUAUGGCUGAUGCUUUCACCAGUGCACUUGUUGAUCAGUUUGUUUCUAGUGCCCUUGCAAAGAUUGAUGAAAAUGUGGGAUUGGUCCAGAAUGUGAAGAAAGAUGUGAAAAGGCUCAAAAAAAGUCUGAAAUACAUCCAAGAUUUAUUGGUAGAUGCUGGGACGAGACAGCUGGACUCUCAAUGGCUGAAACAGUGGCUAAGUGACCUCGAAGAUAUAUCAUUCGACAUGGAUGAUGUGCUGGAUGAGUGGAACUCUGCCAUUCUCAAGUGCGAAAUCGAGAAAUUUGAUCAAGGAGGAAAGGGUAUUGGUGAAGAUGGUGAUGAGAGUAGUGAUCGUGUUUGUGCAAAGAAGGUAUGCUUUCCAGCACUUCCCUCUUCUUGGUUUUGUUUCAAAAAAGUUAAUCAAGUGAUUAGGCACUAUGACUUUGCUAAAAGAAUUAAGAAAUUGACUAAUGAGCUAGAUAGUUUAAAAAAAGAUGGCCAUGAGCAUGGCAUAGUUUUGGGGGCUAUUGGAAUGUAUGCUCAACAACAAUACAUUCCUAGUUCCAUAGUCAAAUCAAGAAUCACUACUAUUUCUAUGGUUGAAGAAACUGAAAUACAUGGUCGAGAUGAUGAUAAGGAAAUUUUAGUGAGUAAGUUGAUAUGUGAUAGUAGUCAAAAGAGUGGUAAAGGGAUUGAUAUAAUUCCUAUUGUAGGAAUGGGGGGACUUGGCAAAACCACCCUUGCCCAACUAGCUUAUAAUGAUGAUAGUGUUAAGGCUCACUUUGAUAAGAGAAUUUGGGUGUGUGUCUCAGAUCCUUUUGAUCAAAAAAGAGUUGCUAAGGCAAUUGUUGAUGGGUUGGGAGGAAAUGCCCAAAAUUAUGAUGAGCUAGAGAGUUUAGUGCAAUGCAUUAGUAACUCUAUCAAAGGGAUAAAGUUCCUUCUUGUCUUAGAUGAUGUAUGGACUGAGGAGAAAUUAAAGUGGGAACAAUUAAAGCAACCCCUUAUGCAGGGUGGUGCGGGUAGUAGGAUAUUAGUGACAACAAGAAAAGAUGAGGUCACUAUAAUGAUGAGGGCAAUUACUAGCAAGAUUACACUUAAGAAAUUGUCUGAUGAACAAUGUUGGUUCAUUAUUAGACAACUAGUAUUUGUAGAGGGAGAAGAAAAUGAGGUUAACUUACUAGAAGAAAUUGGAAGAAAAAUUGCUAGUAAGUGUAAGGGCUUACCUCUUGUUGCAAAAGUUUUAGGAGGUCUCAUGUACUAUAGAAAGAGUUUGAGUCAGUGGAAUGACAUUUUACAAAACAAAUUGUGGGAUUCAAAAGUCGUUGAAGAAGAGAUUUUUGCUCCAUUGAUGUUAAGUUUUUAUGACUUAUCUCCUUUGGAAAAGUGUUGUUAUUCUUAUUGUUCCCUAUUUCCAAAAGACUAUAGAUUUGAAAGAGAUACAUUGAUUGACAUGUGGAUGUCACAAGGUUAUGUUGGUGAUUCGAAAACAGGUCAAGAGUGUUUCGACAGUUUAGUCAUGCGUUCAUUCUUUGAUGAAUACUUUCAAGAAUUCAAUGCAUCGGGUUUCUUUGAUCCAAGACUUUAUUACCAAAUGCAUGAUAUUGUGCAUGACUUCACUCAAUUUUUAGCAAAAAGUAAGAUUAUUGUUAUUGAAUGUGACGACAUCAAACUAGGAAUGAAGUCUUUGGAGCAUAAAGUUUCUCAUUUGAAUUUGCUAAAUGUAAAAUCAAAUUCCUCAGACAAAGUUCUCAUUUUGAAGGAUAUCAAAAGAGAUGUUCAAAGGAAAUUGCGUACACUUGUAAUUUCAAUAGAUGACAUUGAAGUAGUACUUGAUUAUGAUUUCAUUGUCAAGAAUCUAAAAGGUCUUCGAACAUUAUGUCUUCCAGCUCCAGGUGUGACCAAUCUACCCCAAAAUAUUUCCACUUUGAUACAUUUGAGAUAUCUUGAUCUUUCAAACAAUUCCAAUUUGAGGAUAUUGCCGGAGUCAUUGUGUGAUUUAUGUAACCUACAAACUUUAAAUCUAAGUAAGUGCUAUAAUCUUCAAAGACUACCAGAAGGAAUUGGAAAAGUGGUAAAGUUGAGAUGUCUUUAUGUGGAUGGUUGUUCUGAGUUGCAAGGGUUACCAAAAGGGGUUGGAAAACUUACUAGUAUUCAAAAGCUAGGAAUGAUUCCCAUACCCAAAAAUAACAAAGAAGCAUAUUUUCCAUUUGGAGAUUUGAAGAAUCCAAACUUCUAUGAUCGCUUUCAAGGAUUUUUUCGUAUAAAACGGUGUGUGAAUUUAGCAAAUGUGGGUGAAGCUGAAAAGAUAAGCCUUGGAAAUAUGAAAGAGCUCUUGGAGUUGAGUUUAAACUUUAGAGUAUUCGAUGGAAGUAGUGUUGAAGAGGAAGCAAAUCCACAAAAUGAAGAUAUGAUACUUGAAGCCCUGAAACCACAUCCAAACUUGAAACUUUUAACAAUCAGUCAGUACCAUGGAGCCAAAUCCCCAAGUUGGAUGACUUCAUUGAUCAACUUGAAAUAUCUUUCUCUUUUGGGUUUUGAUAAUUGUGAAACUUUACCUCCUCUAGGGAAAUUGCCAUGUUUGGAAUCACUUCAACUAUCCAUAUUUUCUAGUGUGAAAUAUAUUGGUAUUGAGUUUUGGGGAAUUAAUCAUGAAGAAGAAGACUCAUUCCCGAAAUUGAGGAAACUUUGGUUUAAUUACUUCUCACAAUGGAAAAAAUGGGAAGGGAGUAAAACAACAGCAACAGCAGCAACAAGUAGUUCAUCAAGCUCAAAAGUUAUGCCUUGUCUACGUUCAUUACGAAUCACAUAUUGUCGUAGUUUGGAAGCACUUCCUGGCUUUCUAAGAAUGACGCCAUUGGAGGAGUUGAGAAUUGGUGACUCUGCCAUCCUUGAACAUUCUUGUUUAAAAGAAUGGCUUCACAUCCCCAACAUCGAAAUUAAUUACAGUUUUGUACAAAAAGAUGGAACAUGGAUCAAGAAGGAAAAUGAUCAAAAUAUGUCUGAAGUUGGUGAACAAUCGUGCAAUAUAAAAAUUGGGAGUGCUUCUUCUCCAUAAAGGUCCAGGUAUUCACUUCCAAUCUCCUACCGUUGGAAAUCUCGUCUCCAAUCUCUAUCGUUGCAGGUCUCAUCUCCAAGUCCCACCAUCACAGAUUUUUUUCUCCAAGCUCCCACGUCGUCAUCAAGACAUUGUUACCAGUUCCUAGUUGUUUGCAACCCCUCCUAUGUCGCCAUCCAAUUUGGGAAACAACGUUCCGGGUUUGUCUCGGUCGUUCCUAUGUUUUUAAAGCUAUUACAUGUGGUUUAUUUUUUUGUCAUUCAAGUUUUUAUAUUAAAGUCUGUAAAUUUUUUUCUUAUUUUGUUUAAACAUGAAUGGAAGUUUUGAAUUGAGUAUUUUUUAAAAAUAUUGCUGCUGAGGUAUUUGUUUGCCACUGAUUA